GAUGUUCUAAAAGAACUGGAAACAAAGGAAUGGUACAUAAAUAUUUUCACGACUCAAAAUUCCAGAGUGAACUGUAAAGCAGCUUUAUUUAACAAUCAGAAAUCCACUUGUAUCUUAUCAAUGGUUUCUAUUAACGAUGUAAAUAAUCCUCGCAAAUAUUUCAAACAUGACAAAAAUUUCGAUUUAUAUGAAAACAACUGCUUUAAAAGCGACAAAGAACGUUCGCUGCAAUGUCGUUUCGUAAGAAUGCAUUCAUCUGGUUUGACGGAUGUUUUUGAUGAAAAAUUAUCUGGUUUAUCAGAUGAGAUAAAAUGCGAGAAAGAAUGUUUGAACUGGAAGCAUGGAAUUUGUCAAUCGUAUAUUUAUGAUAAAAAUUUAAAAGAAUGCUUCCUUAGUCAUGCAACAAGUCGAAGUUUGGGGCGCAAUUUUAUCACUAUUGAUGAUAAUUUAUCAUUUGGUGAACUCGACGACUGCAUGGAACUGCAGUUGUCUUGUAAAGCAGAUGGUUUUCAAUUGUCUGGAUGGUCAUUGAAAUUAUUCAACGGGACAUUUAAAAUUAAAAAAGCAAAAGAAAAACAUUGUGAACGAUUUUUUAAGGAUACAGAACCACAAACAGUUUAUACUGCUGUUGUUAUGCUAAAAGAAGGAAGCACUGAUCUUAUAACAUUUCGAGACAAGAUUAUCCAGGCAAAUCACCUUUAUAAGUCAAUCAUACAUUUACCAAUAUAG